AUGGCAGAGGAAGCAGACGCGCACAUGGGGGGGAAGGCGGAGGCGGGAUCAGUAGAGGCGGAACAAGCGGAUCGGGGAACGGGGGAAGAUCAAUCGGGCGGAAGGGAGAUUCUCGAGGGGGUGGGGAGAGGGGAGAGAAUGAUGGUGGCGAGGGGGGCAACAGCGGGUCCGGGGGAUCAGGGGGAGGCAGCGCUCGUCGACCAUUUCCAGUCACGCGUCCGCCGCGCGUGGCAGAUCCGCGCUCCCCCCGUUGCCUCCGCGGUUCUCCAGUCCGUCGCGCGCCUUCCGCCGUUGCUCCGCACGUCCGCGACGUCAGGCGCGCUGCUGGCGGGCGGGGACGUAUGCGCGCAGUGCAUCGAGCUCUCGUCAGUUGGAAAAGAAGCGCAGAUCCGCGACAGGCGCGGAGGCGCGAAGCAGGCAAGCGACACGCGCGGAGACGAAGCCACCCUCAGCCGCAGCAGCAGCAGCAGCAGCAGCGCCAGCAGCAGCAGUAGCAGCGACAGCAGCGCCAUGUAUAGAGACGGCUCUGGCAACGCGGCAGCAGGACCAGCACCAACAUUCCAUGCAGCGAGAUCCUUGCGAAUGAUGGUGUACGGCGCAUGCAUUUAUGGACCCGCGCUGCACGUGUGGUACCCGCUGGUGGAGAGGGCAGCGCCAGGGAGAAGCUUGGGCGCGGCUGUGGGGAAGGUGCUGGCGUCUCAGGCUCUGCUGAAUCCGUGCCUGAUCGCUGCUGUGUUUGCGUAUAAUUACGCGUGGACAGGCCAGCUGCAUGCAUUGAAAGACAAGUACCAGCGAGACUUCCUGCGGACGUGGCGGCGCGGGUGGCACUUUUGGCUGCCGGCCAGCUUUGCGUCGUUCCGCCUGGUGCCGCUGCACCUGCGCCCCGCCUUCUCCUCCGCCUGCUCACUGCUCUGGAACUGCCACCUCUCCAUGGUCACCAUGCACCAGGUUGGCCGUCACAAUAAAAGGGACGGGGCCGCCAUCAUCGCGUUGCUGAGCUCACUGUUCGGCGAGAGAGAAGCACGAAUCCUCGUACUGGGCCUCGACAAUGCCGGCAAAACCACCAUCCUUUAUCGGUUGCAGGUCGGCGAGGUGGUCUCGACAAUUCCAACCAUUGGAUUCAAUGUAGAGACGGUUCAAUACAAGAACAUAAAGUUCCAAGUCUGGGAUCUAGGUGGACAAACAAGUAUCAGACCGUACUGGCGGUGUUACUACCCCAACACUCAGGCCGUCAUAUAUGUUGUUGACUCCACAGACGUUGACAGAAUCGGCACGUCAAAGGAGGAAUUCCACGCCAUUCUUGAUGAGGAGGAGUUGAAGGAAGCAGUUGUGCUGGUUUAUGCCAACAAACAGGAUCUGCCCGGAGCCAUGAGUGAGGUGGAGGUGUCAGACGCAUUGGGGCUGCAUAAGAUCAAGAGUCGCCCAUGGGCCAUCUACAAGACGUCAGCUGUCAAGGGCGAUGGGCUGUUUGAAGGACUGGACUGGCUCAGUGAAACACUCAAGUCCAAGGCGAUCAACGGCCAUCAAUCAUCGCCGAGGUCCCAUCUGGUGGGCAGGGUGGGCGAGUUCGAAGGCGAGCUCAACUAUUAUCUGCCAGAGCGAUUUAGAACCCACCCCGAGCGAGUGAGCCUCGUGACGCGGCCGCUGGGCUUCCCUCUCUCCACGGCGCGCCUGGCCAACAUCUUCCUCCAUUUCUUUGAGCACCUCCCCUCGGACAAGUCAGAGGGAAGAGGCUCGGAAGAGUCAGAAGGGGCAGCGAAGCUAGAGUGCCACGGCCCUCCCUGCCCGUCCUUCGGCUCCUGCACCGCCCGCUUCCCCAACGUGCAGGCCUGCUGGAACCCAGACCUUGUCGACCCACCCAUGAGCGAACCCUUCCCCCCUAUAAACUGCCCCCUUAAAGCGGACAGCGCAGGCGACGGGUCUCGGUCGCAGGCGAGGUUUGACGAGACGUGCUCGCACGAGCAGGACGUGGGGGUGCACGGCGCACACGCGCUGCAGAUGAUGCGGCUGGAGGACGUGUAUGUGACGAACAAUGGGUUUGCUCUCAACCGCUCGCACCUGUUCGUCAGAAGCGGGUGCCCGCAUUUUCCCGGAAAGCUCACAUACGACGAGGGUCACAUGGUGCACGAGCUACCUACACCAGUCUUCAACUGGGCGCACCAACCGGCGGCCAACUUCUAUCACUUCCUCAUUGAAGUCUUCCCGCUCUUCCUCGUCGCCGCGCCCCUCAUGCCCUCCCCACUGCGAGACCUGCCUGUGCUUGUCAGGGAGGGCCAGGUACAUAUGUACGAGCAACUUGGUAUGCCACUCAUAGGCAUCCCACUUGAUCAGAUGCGCUUGCUUCCCACAUCCGGCUACGACCUAUUUCAUGCCGGUGUGGUGUACCAGCCCAUCUUUCAAAACUGCCACCAUCCCAGCCAGUCGCUCUGGCGGUUGAUGCGGCGCCGCCACCUGCUGCACCCCUCCGGAGUGCCUCUCUUCAACCCCGACUGGACUCUCCGCAACCACCGCCCUCUCUCCGCCCACGAGGCUCGCUCCUUCCCCUCCGACUGGGUUGUCGUGCUGGCAAAGCGGCCGAAAGGGAAGAAGCGGGCGAUAGUGAAUUUUGAAGAGGUGGAGGAGGAGGUGAUGAGGCGAUUUGGGCGCGAAAGAGUGGUGCUGUUUGAUGGGUCGCUGCCAAUUCUUCAAG